AUCAUGCAUGUACAAUAAUCGACAUUCGAGUCACGGAAACAUAGACCGUCGUAUAAAUUGCAUAAUGCGGUCGAGUCCGUGAGGUUAUUUCUUUCCAAUACUUUAAUCGUUGAUAUUAACUCUUCCACCCGUCGUGAUGUACUUGUGGUCCUAUGAAACAAUUAUCGUUGAUGCUCAUUCUCUGCUCACCAGUUCCUUUCCAGGUCCCUCUCCGAACUUCCGCAAUACAGUGAUCGAAGUUUUCAGUGACUCAGAGUUCAGAAUUAGAGAUCAGAAAGAUUUGAUAGUUGCCAAGAUCUUGACAAAGGAUUUCGCUUACGUUCCACCGCAUCGAGUAAAGAUGGUUCACUUCAUGAUGAUACCCCAUCAAUCCCUACCUCACAUCGCUCCUAUGAUGCAUUUGGCAGACAAACUGGCAGCUUGUGAAGGAGUCACUUGCACAAUUUUCUUAUACAAAAACUUGUUGGAGGCGUUGCCCACAGAUGGAUUGAGGGACGGAGUGCACCUUCUUGCUUUGCCUCCAAUGAAGGGACCUCCUGUUCCAAUGAACCCGCUUGCGAACGGCGAAGCCCUUGGACGGGUUGUGAACGAGUACUUCGACAAAGAGUUGCUAGGAGCGGGCGGCGGCAUAGAAGGGAAAGCUCAGUAUCAUUGCCUCAUAUCCGAUCUCCUUCUUCAGUGGACGGUGCAAGCAGCUGCGAGACUGCAAAUUCCUCGAUACAUUCUGUGCGCAAUGUCGGCGUUUGCGGUUUUGUUGAUACUUCAUCAUCCAAAAACUAAAGAAGAUAUGGAGAGGCCAAAGAUACUGCACUGGCCAAACAUCAUCCCGGGUCCCCUCGUCAGUACCUUCUUCGCCACCAAACGAAAGGUCGAAGGUCCGAAAUUUGUCAUAAAUUCUAUAAACGGAGCAGCAGGUAUCUUGGAGAAUACGUUUUCGGAACUGGAACAUGAGACAAUUGCUGAGCUUCAGAGAAUGGGAGUUAACAUGAUCCCAGUAGGUCCACUGUCAUCGCCGGUACAACCGACCAAGAACUUCAAAGGCCACUCUAAUGAAAACUUCAACGACGUCGGGGACGAAUGUCUUAAAUGGCUGGAUGAGCAGCCACCGACUUCGGUGGUGUAUGUUAACUUUGGGACCACGGGAUUCAACAUGUUUUCCACAGAAAUGGUGCACGAGUUGGCACUGGGACUCGAGGGAAGCGAAGCCAGAUUUUUGUGGGUGUUGAGACCGCCGCCAGGACUCUCCGCAGAGGAGGCGGAGCAGGUUCUGCCUUAUGGGUUUGAGGAGCGAGUCAAAGGCCGGGGGCUUAUCACUAGAGGCUGGGCUCCACAGCUACAAAUAUUAGAACAUCGUUCGACUGGAGCGUUCCUGAUGCAAGGAGGUUGGAAUUCCACUCUAGAAACUAUCUGUAGAGGAGUUCCGUUCAUAGCAUGGGCCACUUAUGCCGAUCAGCCUGUCAAUAUCAAAUUUGCGGCAGACGGAGCAAAGUUGGGGGUGAUGCUUCCGAGUCAAGACGUUAGGACAGGGCUGCCGUUGAGAGUGGAUAGACAUGACGUAGAAAAGGCAAUACGAUUAGUGUUGUCGUCAGAAGAGGGCAAUCUCAUAAGGAAGAAUGCCCAAAAUAUGAAAGUCGCAGCGGCCAAAGCUGUCAGUCCCGAAGGGUCCUCCUCCAGAAGCUUGAUGAGCUUUGUUAAAGGCUUGCAGAUCGCAGAAGAGCAUCGCCAUACAGAAUUACCCAACUGAGCCAUCAUUUUCACAAAUGACUCAAUUGAAGAAAGCUCUCUCUCUCUCGUCCCACUCCGGUGUUGGUGGUGCUAUGAGACCAGGUUAUGAACACAGGUCUAAACACUCUUUUAAGUCAUGAUAUGAAUAUCAUGAUAACUUUUAUUGAAAUCAUCCGAAUUUCAACAGUAUGGACAAGACAUCAUAAGGUGAAUUCUUGUUGUUUAUGGAUAUUGAUCUCCACAACUCACCUUCGCAGAACCAAUGAAAGUAGAAUCGAAGCUCAUGAUCCUUCAAGGUCUACUCUACCAUCUCCACAAUUGGUUCUUUCUGUUGAACUCCAACCAUGCUCAUUCUGUCCAUAUGCUUCACUUCACAAUCUUCUAGUAACACAACUAACUA